GAUUAGAGUCCUUUCAGUGACGAAUUUAACCACUAACACAACCGAAUAUGGUUUAUGAGUUACUUGAGCGAAAGAACCAAUAUAAAGUUUAUUUAUUAGUAAUACAUACAAUUAGUUUCAUAUUGAGUAAGAUCAAGAUGCCUAAGCCACAGUGCACCCAAAAGUUUCGUGAUUGUUGGUUACGUGACCCAGUUUUAAAGGAUUGGUUGCAAAUAGUCGAAAGCACUGGUGGUCCAGUUGCUAAGUGCAAAUUAUGUGGUAUAUUAUUAAAGAGUCAUUAUUAAUAAUAAUUGAAUAAUUUACCCUGUCUCUACCUACGACGCGGCGCUAAAGAGGGGGAGAAAACAUCCCACGAUCUGACUGCACUGAUUCGGCUUUGGGUUAUCUAGUGAAAUUCUGGUGGUUUGAAAGACCGCUCAGUUUUAGUGGUUUCUGGUGGUUUGCACGGCCGCAUUUGGUGGGCUGGUAAAAAUAAAGUUGGCAACACUGUCUGCCGGCUUAGCUGUCAAAUUCACGUCAAGUUCACCGAAAAUUAUCUUUUCACUUUUCAUUAGAAUUUUCCGCGAAAAUGUCGUUCAAGGUGGUUGUGAGGAGUUUCAGGACACUCAGCUAUGUGGGCAGUUACAGGAAACUUAGAAAUCGUCCGUACAAAUUAUACUGUGCUGCAUUGUUGGGCACAGGCUAUGUUGCAUACAGCCAACAUAAACAAAAUGUAGCUUCAGCAAGGGAAAUAGCCCAGUUUGACAAGUAUAUGGCUGAACCUAUAACAUCAAUGGAAAUAUUGGAAAAAAAUAAGGAUGACAUGAAGACACAGAUGGAACUACUCAUUAUGAGGAUACAGUCGGAAUUCUGCAAAGCCUUAGAAAGUGAAGAAGAUAAGGCAUGGGAGAAUGACGAUCAAGAUGAAUUAGAAUUUGAUAAUAAUGAUUUAAUUGUGGUGACUCCGGAAGCUAAAUUCAAAGUAGAUCGGUGGACGCGCAAGUCUGGUGGCGGGGGGAUAACGUGCGUUCUGCAAGAUGGCCGCGUAUUCGAGAAGGCAGGCGUCAAUAUAUCCGUCGUGCAUGGGAAAUUACCGCCAGCAGCUGUACAACAGAUGCGCAGCAGGGGUAAAAAUUUGGAAAACGCCGAGCUGCCAUUCUUCGCUGCGGGAGUAAGUGCUGUGAUCCACCCGCGCAACCCUAUGGUGCCCACUGUACACUUCAACUACAGAUAUUUCGAAGUUACUGAUAAAAAUGGGGUUCAAUGGUGGUUCGGCGGUGGCACUGAUCUUACUCCGUAUUACCUAGAUGAAGCAGACGCUCUUCACUUCCAUAUGACCUUAAAACACGCCUGUGAUGAACAUGACGCGUCAUAUUAUCAGAGGUUCAAAAAAUGGUGUGAUGAUUAUUUUACAAUAACUCAUCGCGGAGAGAAACGUGGUAUCGGUGGCAUAUUCUUCGAUGAUAUGGAUUAUCCCGAUAGAGAAUCCGCAUUCAAAUUCGUCACAUCAUGUGCCGAAGCUGUCAUCCCAAGCUAUCUUCCUAUUGUCAAGAAACACAAGGACGACGCUUACGGCUACAAGGAGCGGCAAUGGCAGCUGCUCCGUCGCGGCCGCUACGUGGAGUUCAACUUGAUCUACGACAGGGGAACCAAGUUCGGCCUCAACACGCCCGAGGCGCGAUAUGAGUCCAUACUCAUGUCGCUGCCUUUAACUGCUAAAUGGGAAUAUAUGCACGAGCCGAAACCCAAUUCUGCUGAAGGUAAUCUAAUAAAAGUCCUGAAAAAUCCUCGAGACUGGCUCAGUUUGGAGAAGACAGCGAGCGCGAGCAGCCCAAAAGCUACAGUUACGAGCCGUUCUUCUGCUUAAAAUUCACAUUUUAUUCACAACUCGCGGUUUUAAAAAAGGACUUGGUAAUUGCCAUCGGGGAAAAUAAAAUCAUCGUGUAAUUUAAGACUGUUUUGUAAAAAAAUAUUUCGAUUUUUUUAUACAUUGUUAUGUACUUAUUAAAAAAAUAAAGUAUUUUCUUUAGCA